AUGGCCACCAUAACCGCCUUACCAACCGAAGUCCUCCUCGAGGUCUUCGAACUCCUCGAUAUAGAAUCUCUCACAAACGCUAAAACGGUCUGCAAGCAAUUCCGGGCAGUUAUACGUAUGAUCCCUCUUAGGUCAUAUACCCUCCGUAUCGACGAACCGAAACACUCAAUGUGGAAGUUCACAAGAUUCUUACUAUCGGAUCCGAAAGCCGGUAGUCAGAUUACAGACCUAACUGUGGAAUGGUGUCGUCGGGAACCGGAUGAUCCUGAUACUUGGACCGAUAAGUGGGAGUGGACGGAGAAGGAUCUUGGGAUUAUGAAGGGGUUGGAAGAAACCGUUAUUGAUAAGUAUCUUACGCCGGAGACGUAUGUGGCUAUUAAGGGAGGGGUUAAUUCUGAGGCUUUGUUGCCUUUGAUACUUUGUUUUACGGAGAAUUUGGGGAGUCUGGAUUUGGGGGAUGUUGUGACGGAGUUGUUUAAUUGUGAGGGUUAUCCGGAAGAUUGCUUGAGGAAAAUUUUUAAAUCAAGGUCCGGCGGUGGUGGUAGCGAUGAGGGGGGAAAAAAGAAAGGGGAAGAGGAGGAGGAGGAGGGGAAGGAAGAGGGGAAGGAAGAGAAGGAACAAGAUGGAGACAAUGAAGAAGAAGAUGGUGACGAAUUUGGACAGGGAGGUGGUGUCCCCACGAUCAUACUACCUCACAUUCCCAGUGAGCAAUUCAGAACUUGGUUUCAUCUGAACACCGGCUAUCCCGGCAACUACCUCCCUGGACUAUCAAGGCUCAAAAAGUUCAAUCACCAGUUGAACGGGGACGCAUUGGUCGCAGAGUAUAAAUGGGGCUGGAGGGCAGACUACUUCCUCCCCAUACUCUUUAUCCCCGGAAUCGAAGAAAUCACAAUCGGAGGCUGCGCUACUGACGAGGAAGUUGAUGGGUACACCUUAAAAACAAUUAUGGGAUGGUAUGAGGAACAAUUCAAGGGCGUGCCUCCUUCAACUGUUAGAAAACUGGUGAUCAGAGAUGCAAGGAUGUACGAGAAGGAUUACGAACUUAUAGCGGAUUAUACUUGCUGCCUUGAGAAACUUCAUAUCAGUUACAAUGACACUUUCACUGAGUUGGAAUCAUAUUACGAUAUGGCGGAUGCGAUUUAUGUUUUCUUUGAAAACAACCCGAAGUUGAGGAUGGAUAAUUUGUACGUUGACGGCCGGCCGAAUGAGGUCUGGUUGAAGAUUUUUCAUGAUCGUGAUUAUGACCUUCUGAGAGGCGAGGACGAAUACCGUGAACGCACUUACGAGGAGUUUGUGGAGGAGUUUGAGGCUUGGUCGCAGAGAAGGACUCUGCAAGAUGGAGCUAAAUAA